GAGCCGGCUUGCCUGCAGCGGCUGGAAUUUGGAAUCUCUCACCACACACACGCACCCGUCAAGCUCGGACAGUGAUGCCGUUCAUCUGUACAAGCUGUAUUCUAUAUUGUUCAACACAUGGAUGUUUGCGUUGGGCUGGGGAUUUGGAAAGUGGUAUGAUACCAAGUCUCCUGGAAGAAAGGGCGGGGGGGGGCAGGGCAAAGAGACGGGUGCGAGCCGACGGAUGGAUGCAGUCAAUGCAGAGUGGGGCCGACGAUGGCCGAUCGGGGAAGGAAAGGACCAAGGGCCAUAUGCAAAGGUUAAUGCAGCAGAGCGCGCAGACCAAGCUUGAUACAGAUGGGGGCGGGUACAAGCCCGAGAAGAAACAGAGUCAAAAAAAAGAAAAGGACAUUCCCAACACCGAAAGCGAGCCGGCACAACUGAGAAAGGCAGCGUCGUCGAUGGUGGUCAUCAUAAAAGGAGUCAUAGGCCACGAAAGAACCGUGGAGAGCGUGGUGGUGGGGGGGGGAGACAAAGCUGGAGCAAGCCAAUGGAAUCGCUGUGUCUGAGGAGGGGGGGUUUAAGUCUGCCAUAGAGACAUGUGGAAUAUGCAGACGAGACCGGAGACAAACUUGUUACUCGAUCCAUGGCGACUGUGGAGAGAUUCUAUGAAACGGGCCAAGGGUCGAUUGACGGCUUGGUCGAAUAACUUGCUGAAGAGUACAUAUUUUUGUUGCUGCUGCGGCGGCGGCGGGAGGCCAGGUGAUGCAGUAGCGAAAAAGAAAAAAUAGAAAAAAAGAAAGCCAGGGC